GAAAAUGAUCCAAGUGGUAACAAAAAGUGGUAUCGGCAAGCCAGUCAAAGGAAACCUAUUUUUGACUAGAGGAAAGCUAUUUUUGAUUUCACUAUCGCUAUAAUCUCUCCAGAUUCUGAAAAAGUCUGUCUCGACUUGGUGUUUCUGUAUAUUAAAAUCGUGGGGGUGUCACGUGAGUCGAAGUUAUCCAUUUUUCUUCAUAUCGUUAUUAUAUACGCAAAUGACCCCUGCGGCUGAUCUGAUGCGUUCUUAUCGCUUUGCUGUGUCAAGCAGAGAAAUAUUUAGAUAGAUAGAGAGAGAGAGAAAGAGAGAAAAUAUAAGAGAAAGAUUCGAAGACGCGGCUAAAGUUGUUGUCUCGUUCCGUCAUUACAACAUUGCCACUCGUAUGGAUCAGAGUAUUUAAGAAAAGUACGGGAUCGGCGAUUUGUUUUCGUGAUACAUUUCACUCGUUUGAGCUUUCGGAAAUCACCGAUUUGCAACGUCACUUCGCUAUGAGUCGACAAAACAUCGGUGUGAUUGUCACGCCAGCGGACAUCGCUAUAGGAGCGAGAAUGCGAUUCCCGGAUGACACGAACCUAUUUCCCGAGGAAUCGAUUCAUCGUACCAUGCUUGGCCUUAACGUAGGACUGACGAGGAACGAUCUAAGCGAUCAAGAUCUGGAUAGCUACAACGAGGGCAUUUAUGGCGCCCGCACUGAUAAACGCGAAUUGGGCCACAGAAUCUUCGUCAAUCGGAGUCUUCACUUGGAGAACAUUAAGUUUUAUGGCUUCGACAUGGAUUACACAUUGGCAGAGUAUAAGUCACCGCAGUACGAGCAAUUGGGUUUUAAUCUUCUUAAGGAUCGUCUAGUGUCUUUGGGAUAUCCGCAAGAAAUCAAGGCAUUCGAAUAUGAUCCUAGUUUUCCUGUUCGUGGAUUAUGGUUCGAUUCCUUGUAUGGAAAUCUCUUAAAAGUGGAUGCUUAUGGAAACAUCUUAGUUUGUGUUCAUGGUUUCGAGUUUUUAAAACACUCUCAGGUUUAUGAACUUUAUCCAAACAAAUUCCUACAAUUAGAUGAGUCUAGAGUUUAUGUGCUCAAUACAUUGUUCAAUCUACCGGAAACCUAUUUGCUAGCAUGUCUGAUAGACUUUUUCACAAACUCGCCGCAAUUUAGUCGAGAAAAAACUGGAGUGAAAGAAGGUGAGCUCACCAUGAGCUUCAGAAGCAUAUUUCAGGAUGUCAGAAGCGCGGUAGAUUGGAUACAUCUUCACGGUAAUCUGAAAACGAAGACAAUCGAGAAUUUGGACGAGUAUGUAAAGAAAGACGAGAGAUUGCCCAUGUUCCUUACGAGAAUCCGAGAGAGCGGAGCGAAAGUAUUUUUAUUAACGAACAGUGAUUAUGUUUUCACGGACAAAAUUAUGACUUAUUUGUUCGAUUUUCCACACGGUGCAAGGCCUGAUGAACCGCAUAGAAAUUGGAAGACAUAUUUUGAUACAAUUGUGGUAGAUGCCAGAAAGCCAUUGUUCUUCGGAGAAGGAACAAUUUUACGACAAGUGGACACGAGAACAGGUGCUUUAAAACUUGGUACCCAUAAAGGACCACUUCACACAGGUGAAGUGUACUCGGGAGGCUCUUGCGACGUGUUUACAGAAUUAAUUGGUGCAAAAGGAAAGGACGUGUUAUAUGUCGGUGAUCAUAUAUUUGGUGAUAUUUUAAAAAGUAAAAAAAUAAGAGGCUGGAGGACGUUUUUAAUAGUCCCUGAAUUGGUUCAAGAACUACACGUUUGGACUGACAAAUGUCAAUUGUUUGCCGAAUUACAACGUUUAGACGUUAUGCUCGGAGAAAUGUACAAAAAUUUAGACAGUAGUACAAAGGAAAAGCCAGAUAUCUCCAAGUUACGCGCAUCUAUAAGAGACGUCACGCACAAAAUGGACUUGGCUUAUGGCAUGAUGGGUUCCUUGUUUCGUAGUGGAAGUAGACAAACGUUUUUCAGCAGUCAAGUCGUAAGAUACGCCGAUCUGUACGCAGCGACUUUCUUAAAUCUGAUUUAUUAUCCUUUUUCGUAUAUGUUCAGAGCACCUGCUAUGCUGAUGCCGCAUGAAAGUACAGUAGCACACGAACAGAGAUUUGUCAUGGAAACGCCAAUGAUAAGUCGUUCUAGAACAUUUAAAUUGGCAGAUGAAGAAGAAGAACAUAAUCGACCUUCUUCUAAGAAUUUGUAUGUGGAUCAUUUCAAUAAUCAAAUUCCACAUGCAAGACCAGAAACGCCGCGUAAUGUCACACAUACGCACGAUGAGGAUUGCAGCGAUGAAGAUAGCGAUUCACAGAAACAAGCCAAUCAAGUGAAAGCAUGUACAAGGAAUGCAAAUAGCAAUUAAAGUAAUGUUUUAUUUCAGUUGCGCGAAAUGUUACUUUUAUCAUUUCAAGUAACUGAAAUCGACUGAAAAACGAAUUGCAAAUAAAACGUAAUAUAUAGCACAUUAAGCAAACUAUGUCUCUUGUGUUUUAAAAAUUAUAUAACAUAUGAUACUUUA